GAUAUUAUGUUGGAGGUUCGCGGCAUUGAGAAACUGCCGAUCUUUACACGGAGAAAGAAUUACAAGUAACCUCGGAACUUGGAAAGAAGAAUGAUGGGGGAUGGUGAUAUGGCUUUUGCUGAGAUCCAACGACCGACGGAAGAGAAAAAAACACCAUCUUCUCUUCCAACUCCUGCACCAAAUACGUCCACGUUGCGAACCAGCGGACUUCAACAGUUGAUUGCACCUCCAGGCUUCUGUCGAUUUCUGGAAGCCUUGACGACGACGUCGACACCCAAUUUUAUGUGUCGUAGGUGCCCUUCUAAUACAGCAGAAGCCGGUUAUUAAAUCACGGCAGUGGAUUGUAGAGGUUCGUUCUAGGAGACCGGCAUAAAUUUUGGUUUUUGAGUAGCAGAGUUUCUCUGUUUGGAAAAAAAUCGUGGCUGAGUGAGUGAUUUGAGAGAGAGAGAGAGAGAGAGAGAGCAAGACUUGGUGUUUGGUUUAGGAGAAUGGCAAUGGCGACUUCCAUGUGUACCAAUAUAGCGACUGCUGCUUCGUGUCUGCAACGUUCUAGUCUUCGUUCCUGUGAACCAACCUCGAGCUCUGUAUCAAAUCUUGCGUCUUGGCAGUCGAAGUCGGUGAAAUUAUUUAGUAACAGUUAUUCGAAGAGCGUAGGGAAUGGAUUUGCGAAGGAAAGCGGUAAGGGUAGUGGAGCAGCUAGGGCGACGGUCACUGUUGAUAGAGAAUUGAACCCAGAGCCAAGAAGUAAUUUGGACCGAGAGGAGGAGAAUUCAACGAGCGAGCUCCUGUGCUGUCCAAUUUGCCACAAACCUCUUCAGAGAACUGGCCCCUCAGGCUUGACCCAAAACGCAAUAAGAAGCUCGGGAUUCUCAUGUCAUAGCUGCAGAAGGAAGUUUUCGAAUAGAGGGGAUUAUGUGGACCUCACCAUUUUAGAUGGAACUCGAGUGUAUGACGAGAAUACGACGGCUGGAGCUGAGAUAUUCAGGAGCCCAGUGGUUUCGUUUGUGUAUGAACGAGGUUGGCGACAAAACUUCGCUCGCGCCGGUUUCCCUGGUCCUGAUGAGGAGUUCAAGAUGGCUCAGAACUAUUUCAAAUCGGUUCAAGGAGGUGUCAUCCUCGACGUCAGCUGUGGAAGCGGGUUAUUCACCAGGCGGUUUGCUCAGAGUGGAGACUUCUCGUCUGUUAUUGCUCUCGACUUUUCAGAGAACAUGCUCCGCCAGUCUAACGAGUUCAUACGACAAGACCCCUCGUUAGCAAACUCGAACAUAGCAUUGGUGAGGGCAGACGUCGCAAGGUUGCCAUUUGCAACGGGUUCUAUUGAUGCGGUGCAUGCAGGAGCAGCUCUCCAUUGUUGGCCGUCUCCAGCAGCUGGGAUGGCCGAGAUAGCCCGUAUUUUGAAGCCUGGUGGAGUUUUCGUUGCUACCACCUUCCUCACCCCACUCCCCAUCAUCGACUUUGGUAACAAAGACAUACGCAAGGCUAUCAAAGGAGCGAUCAGCUCAAGCACGCUUCGAUAUUGGGAUGAGGCAGAGCUGGAAGAGUUAAUGGGCGUCUGCGGUCUUGUGGAGUAUACCCGAGUUCGGCUCAACCAGUUUAUCAUGGUCUCUGCCAAAAGGGCAAAAGAGUGAUGCACUUUGAGGAAGAAAAACUCCAGUCUUUUAAAUUGAAACUAGCUUAGCAUUCUUGUAAAAUUGUCAAGCCGUAGUAAAAACUCAUUCACAUGAAUACUAUGGAUCUUUCCGAUGCGAACAAGCUUAGCUUUCUGAGUGCCGUCACGUAUCAGAUUCUGUCUGGUUUGAUUUUUUGGCUUUUGUCGAAUGUGAGUUUUCUUAGUUGUGAGCAAACCUAAAGCUAUUCUCAUACACUCAGUUCAUGCAUUCUAGCCUUAGCUUCUUAGCUCUGAAGCAUAGUGUCCGAGGUUCAAUUGGUCAUGGAGACUAUCCAGCUUAGUUCUGUGAUUGAGCAGAUUCAAUUGGCAAUUGGCAAUGCUGUUUAUUAACGUGAAUUUAGGAUUCGUCGAAGUUGAUGAGUCUUGCAUUGCCAAGAGCAUCUCUGAAAAAGCUAAUGCAGUUCUAGUGAGAAUGUA